ACGAGCGGUCCCAUGUAAAAGAUUUGCGAAAGGGUUUAUUGUGUCUUUGCUUUCGGGAUCCGAAUUUUGUUUUCUGUCAAGUGACUUCUAGAAUCAAGUGACGGCUCGGAAAAAUGGCAGGAGGUAAGGCAGGAAAAGACAGUGGUAAAGCCAAGGCAAAGGCUGUGUCGCGCUCCCAAAGAGCCGGACUGCAGUUUCCAGUGGGUCGUAUCCACAGGCACUUGAAAACCCGCACAACCAGCCAUGGUCGUGUUGGAGCCACAGCAGCGGUGUACAGUGCAGCCAUCCUCGAGUACCUCACUGCUGAAGUACUAGAGUUGGCAGGCAAUGCCUCCAAAGACUUGAAGGUGAAACGUAUCACUCCCCGUCACUUGCAGCUGGCUAUCCGUGGGGAUGAAGAGUUGGACUCCCUUAUCAAAGCCACAAUUGCUGGAGGAGGUGUCAUUCCGCACAUCCACAAAUCCCUUAUUGGGAAGAAGGGCCAGCAGAAGACUGCAUAGAUGCCAUUUGAUCAUAAUUUGGGGCUGGGGUUUUGUUUGGACCACGGGUUCACAUUUGUCCUUUUUUAUUAAUGUUAUAGCAAACAAAGAGUGAUUGUUAGGCUUUUGCGUUGUAUUUUACCAUAACUAGUAUGGUUCAGUAAAUCCCUUAACAAAAGAAACAACAAAAACCUUUGUAUGUCAAUGUAGAAUGUUUGACUGGGAAGUUAAUGAAUAUCACAAAGUUGUGACAGUGAAAUUGUUUGAUUGGCCUGGGACUCUGUAAUGUUUUAUACUAAAGAAAAAAGAGUUAAACCAUUUUUAUAUAAAAAAAAGACUUGGUUUGUGGUUAUUUGCUUUGAGUUACAAUAUUUUACUAAGAUACAAGUUUUUACAACGAUUAGUUUGUUUUGAAUGGCAAAUUAGACAAUGUGACAUGGUGCUUUUAUCCCUAACAAUGUACUGUAUCCUUUUUGAAGUGCACAUGAAUAGUGAUUCUUAAAAAUAAGAAAAGAAAAAAAAAGAUGAAAAUGUUUCAACCACCUGCUACAGUGUAUUGUGUCAACUUUUUGGCAGGGUUCAGUGUUAAGCUUCACAUUUUUAUAAUGUGCUUUGAUCAGACAAUGCUGGUUCUGCAGAUUUUAACAUGGCUAAAGGAGUCUGACAUUGUUUUUAACUACAUAUUGCUCCUUAUUAUAUCUGUGUACGUAUGUGUCAUAUAAGCAACACAAGUAAAAUAUUUUAGCCAAGUACUUAAAUGUAUACAGAAAGAAAAAUACUUAACUCUAGCUCAAUCACAACAAAGUUUAAUCUUUUAUUUCAAUAAGAAAACACCGGUCAUGUCAGGGAAAUGACUGCACAUUUUAAAUAUGAAUAAAUAUUGUUUGCAUGUUUUGGUUUGAAAAACUACUUGAAAUUUGCAUUUAUACAUUUUUGUACGUUUUAUAUACGUGGUGCUAUGACUGUCCAACAAUACAUGAACUAAUCUGCA